AUGACCGAACCGCGCGCGCAAACAUCGGUCUCGCGUCUCGAGUGGCAGCAGCGCCAUACGCAGGCGCUGCGGGACACGGCCGAGUCGCUGCAGGUCGCAAGAGCAACAGCGCAUACGCUCAGCGUGCAGUCGGAGCAGAUCGGACGCAGCGAGCGCAUGCUGGACGAGACGCAGGCAGCGGUGGACGUCUCGAAGCGCGUUCUCCGAGGCCUGACGUGGUCUGGUUGGCUGUAUAAUAAGAUAUCCACUGUACCGCCACGUUCGAACAAUAACGGAUUGGUAGAGAUUGCAAUGGGUUUUAUAUGCCCCGAGUGUAAAGUCACGUUUGAAUCUUCGGAGCAUUUGUGGAUGCACUACAGUAGUGUUCACGAGAGAAAAAGUGGUGAAGAACGACCAAUGCAUAGUGCUCGACAAAGGAGCAAAGAACAGGUUCAGCAAGUGCACGAACAGAGUCAAGACACUGAUGAUUUGGUUCGUGAUAUGCACGACCGAUUCCUUCGCGAUCUGGAACCGCAGAUCAUGGAAUUGAAAGAGCAGUCGCUGGCACUAGGAAGUGCGUUAGACGCGCAGAAUGAACAGCUCGACCGAAUGGACUCGAAGAUUGGACGGGUCCAUCAUGAUCUGAAAAAAGUGGGCAUUCAGGCAAACAGGAUUGCAGGAAAAAAGACUCCCGUGGUCUUUCGCUUUCGUUGUGCAUUACAGGAGACACAAAGUGGAAAGUUCUUACGAGACGUAGAUGGAGAGGCACUGCUAGGAGCCGACGUGGUAGUGGACGGCUGUGCAUUUCGUGCGUACAUGCUGGGCGACGACAGCGAUGUUUGGGGCUUCCAGAGCGAAAAGUCGAGCCAUUUCUUAGGUAUCAAUCGGUACGGAUAUCUGAAAGUGCGAGGAGCGGACAUGAACUCGUACGAGCAGUUUCUCGUGGAAUGCAAGUCGACUACUCCUCUCUUUUCACUGUCUAGCUAUUUUGGACUUGGAGGUUGGAUUGCCGUGAAGGGGUCAGCGGACAGCAAGACCCUCACUAUUAUUCGAGGAACGCCUGAGAAUAAACAGGCGGCUGCAUUGUUCAAAAUUGUACGCAUGGAGGAGAACAUGAAGAAGGUGAGGCAGAAAUAA